AUGGCCAACAAGAAGUCCUUCUACAACCAGGAGUACAGCAAGCACGUGGGUGCAGUGAUCUUAUUCAUUGUCUCCUUCGUGGCGAUGACCUUUACGGUCUGCGGCACCCCUCUGGGUAUGCUGAUGAUCCGUUCGUGGGGAGAGGACCUUUCGGGCUCUAGUGCUGAACUGGAGCUCAAUCCGUGCUUCACGCUGUGGGGCUUGCACAGCGACUGCUCGAAGCCUGAUUACUCGCUUCGCAUCACGGACUCGCCCAUUGUCAACUGCUCUGACAUGCAUGUCCGCUUCGAGGCGGCUGAGGCGUUCAGCAUUGUGGCCAUCUUCUCUCUUGUCGGUCUCUUCGGCGCGUCCUGGUACAUGAUCUGCGGCUCCAAGAUCAAGAAGGCUGUGAUGUUGCUCGCCGUCUUCGCCAUCGGCUCCACGACUGUUCCAUGGGCGAUCGUUACGGCGUUCUACUACACCCCCUUCUGCGGCCUAGAUUUCCUGACCAACACGCAUACCCGCUUCGGCGCCGGCUACGCGCUGCUGGUUACCUCGUUCGUGCUGCAGAUUGUCGGCCUCAUCCUGUUCGUCAUCUUUGAGCCGAACACCUCGAAGAAGCUGGAGGAGAACGCGAAGGGCGCCGCGUCUGAAGUCUGGUCCAGCACCGCGUCUGCGUUGCGCUAA